GUCUAGAGAGGUGUCGCCGAAGAGGCGCCCAGCUCGGCCUCUCUCUUUCCCCCCACCCCCUCCCGUUCCGAGAAAGAACGCGAGGCUGCAGCCCGAUCGGGAAAAGGAGGAGAACAGCAACUAUGGAGGAACAGGAACUUGUGGUGCACAAGGAGGAGAUGGUGGAAGAAGAGGAGGAGGAGGAGGAGGAAGAAGGAGGAGGAACUGAGAGAGAGGAAGGGGAGCCCAUCGUAGUCCAAGUAAAGACCAUUGAGGAUUUUUUGAACAGGGGUAGCGUGCCCCACAUCAAGACAGAAUCAGAGGAGGAAAGCCACCGAUAUUGGGACACGGAAUGGCACGAAUUCUUGAAAAACGUGGCCUGGCUGUCUCCGGGCCCGUCUCCGCCUCCGUCGGAGGAAGAUGUCCGAGGUUUCCAGGCCUCCUUGGGGAGAGUCAAAGAAGAGGCGCGGGAGGGGAGCUCGGGAGAAGCCACACGAGAUCCGAGCGUUCGCGGAAAAGCCUGGAUAGGCAGAAAAAAGCUGGAUUCCUGCCGGAAGAUGAAAGAAACGCUGGAGAAGAUGGGGAUGGAGAGACAGUGGCCCCUGCAUCUCACGCAGUUCUGCCCCCAGGAGGUGGAGAGGGCCAGGCUGCCUGCAAAGAGAAAGAACGCCAAUACACCAGAAGGAAUAAGAAAGAAGCAAAGAAAAGUCAUCAGUCUCAAUUUGAAGAUGAAGAUCAUCAAAGCGUAUGCCGAUGGGAAGAAAGUGACUAAUAUAGCUCGAGAAGAAGGCCUGGCCCAUUCCACCAUCUCUGCCAUUUUGAAGGACAAGGAAAGGAUCAGAGAGGCCAUAAAAGGAUCAUCGGGAAUGAAUGUAAGUAUAACAAGGCAGCGAAAAGGCCUCAUCCACGAAAUGGAGAAACUCCUCAUCCUCUGGAUUGAAGAUCAGAUACAGAAGAGGCUUCCGGUGAGCCUUGUCCUCAUUCAGAAUAGGGCACGCAGCAUUUUCUCCACACUGAAAGAGCGAGCAGGCGAAGAGUGCACCGAAACCUUCACGGCCAGCCGCGGCUGGUUUAUGCGAUUCCAGCAAAGGUUUCGUUACCAGAAAACACACGUGUCAGGGGAAACUGCCACUGGUGACGAAGAAGUUGCCAAACGUUUUCUGAAUGAACUUGAUCAGAUCAUAGCAGAAGGGAACUAUUUUCCCGCCCAGAUAUUCAGCAUGGACGAAACUGGGUUGUACUGGAAAAGAAUGCCGGAGCGAACCUACAUACACAAAGAGGCCCAGGCAAUGCCUGGGUGUAAAGCAUUCAAAGAUAAAGUAACUGUACUAUUGGGCGGAAAUGUUGCUGGAUUCAAGCUGAAGCCAUUUGUAAUCUUCAAAUCUGACCACUCCUGUAUGUUCAAAAACUUUAGCAAAACCUCACUGCCCAUUUAUUACCGACCCGAUCCUAAGGCCUGGAUAACACCCAUUCUCUUUGAUGAUUGGUUUAUGAAUUGUUUCAUUCCCCAAGUAAAGGAAUAUUGUUGGCAAAAGGGGAUUCCGUUUAGAAUUCUUCUGCUCUUAAGCAAAGCACCUGGAUUUCCCCCAGAUCUCGGCAGUCUCCACCCUCAUAUAAAGGUAAUUUAUCUACCCCAAAACACCUCCGUGCUCCUACAGCCUAUGACCCAGGGAGCUAUCUCAGCAUUCAAGGCCCACUAUUUGCAGGAAGUAUUUGCCAAAGCCUUAGCCACAAUGGAAAAUGAGAGUAUAACACUGAGCGAGUUUUGGAAAAGCUACAAUAUCCUGGAUUGUAUUGAAAACAUCGUAGCAGCCUGGCAGAAUGUUAGCGUGAAAUGCAUGCAAGGGAUUUGGAAAAAGUGCUUGAAAUGUUUUGCUGCUCUUGCAGAUAAUUUGGAGGAAUUUAACCAGCACCAAAAUUUAAACGAAAUAAAUAAGAACAUUUUGACGCUCACAAAAUCCCUCGAUUUGGAGGUUGACGCUGAAGACGUGCAAAGUUUGAUAACUUACACAGAGGGAGAGCUUUCCAACGAAGAUUUAAUUGAAUUGAAAGAAGAACUGGAAGAGCAGAAGGUGGUGGAAGAAGAAGUUGAAAAAGCAGAAAAAAAAGAAGAACGAAAAGAAGAACGAAAAGAAGAAGUGAAAAAAGUUGUAGAAGUUCAGCCCAAAACAUUCAGUCUGAGAAAAUUGGCUAGCGUUUUCUCGGGUGUUAACAAAAUUUUAUCAGAAUUGGAAAGUAUGGAUCCAGAUGUGGAACGUUUUAGACGGGUACACUGGGAAAUGCGUGAAAUUUUAAAGUGCUAUCGGGAAAUAUACGAAGAAAAAAGGAAAGAAAGUGUGGAAAGCAGACAUAGUGGGUUCCUCAAGAAAGUUAUUUCUUCCCCAGUUCCAGUCCCCUCCCUCUUACCGUUCCGAUCGACAGUAAUAGAGCAUCUGGAUGAUCCUCAACCAUCAACUAGUUAUGCCAGGGGAUCUGAUGUUCCUGAAAACUCGGAAAACCAUGAAUCUUUCAAAAGAUAUAGAUCCGAUUUGAUGUUUACAGUCAUCCCAAAGAAUACGAUGCUAAAAUCUCCGAAACAGGAAGAAGAGGCCUUUGAGAUUGUAAAGGUGAAGAUUCCCAUGGAUAUAAAGCAAGAGAGUGAUGGUGAAGCCAACUAAUUUGAAGAGAGUCUUCUUGAUGCUGAAAUCCUCCCGAGCUGGGGUUGAAAACCAUCAAAUGAGCAUGAUUGAAUUUAGGAUUUCUUAGAUCAAGCAGGAGGGGAAGAUGAGGUGGCCUUUUAGAGACAAGGUCAAUUGGAAGAGGAAAGAGGAGGCAUGAGAGGAGACCCAGGAACACAAGAACUCACAGCAGACGUUGUUUGUAAAUACAUUGUGGGGAGAAAAGCUACAUAAAUAUAUUUUCCUCUUUCUCCCAGAAUAUGAACUGAUAUUAAAAGAGAAGACUUUCCAGGUGGGAAGAUCUGAAGAAAUAGACAUUUGCAAGAGUUUGGAGGGAAUCAAAACCUUGUAUUUCUGGGGUUCUGGGGUUAAAAGAAAAGUGAAUAAAUCCACCGGGAGCACAAAGGCAUUUAGGAAAGAAAGCCAGUGAAGCCUGAAGAUGAUGAUCAAAAGUUACAAGAACUAAUUUCCAGCGUGGCUAAAAAUGAAAUAAAAUUCGAAAUUCAGAGGAGCCGGAGAUGGUGUGCAACCCACAGUGUUCCAGCUACUACACAUCUUCAAGGAUAAACUGCAUAAACACACUGUUGGAAAAUUAACAGCAAGCCUCCGAUCAUUCUGCAGGGGAGCACUUCCUCAGCAAGGAAAAAAAAAAGGAUAUUAUUUGCUCACAAUAUGGGAAAUUUUGGUUGGAAAACAAACCUCAUGAAGAGCAGCAAGAUCCACACAGCAAAGAAGCCAUAUAAAUGUCCAGACUACGGCAAAAACUUCAUUGGUCAGAUGCCCUCAUCAGAGACAAUGAAUGCUUCAAGUGUUGAAGCUUCCGGAUCAGUUGCCACCUAAAGCUCCGUAAAAGGAUGCACACAGGUGAGACGUUGCACCAGCGUUUGGAAAGCUUCAAUGAGAGAGCAAACGCAAGAGGACCCACACGAACGAAAGCCUUACAAGUGCUCCGAAGGUGGCAAAAGCUUUCGGACCAGCUCCCAGUUGAAAAUACACAAAAGGACACUCACACUGGCCUGAUGCCAUAUCUGUGCUUAAGACUACAGGCACUGAUAACGAUCCCCCUGAGGGUCAACACAGUAGAGAGACUGUACACAGGUGCCCGAGUGUGGGAAGAGCUUUGUUUCUAGCUCACAUCUCAGGAAGCUUAAUAUAUAGUAUACAUCGCCAAGAAGCUGCAUAAAUGCUGCUACUAUGCGAA